AUGCUUGAUGCUAAUUUACCAAUGAAAUAUGCUUUUGUAGUUGUACCAAUUAUUCAACAAUCAACGAAAGAUCUUUUAUCAUUACCAAAAACAAAAGAUAAAUUAGCAUUAACAACAUAUUUUGUUUUUAUUUUUGAAAUAAUAUUAAAUGAUAUAUUGACUAUGCAUGCAAAUGCUUUAACACAUAUUACAAAACAUGGCAAUCCACGUGAAAUGUUGAUUAUUAUUGUUGAACAAUCUGAUAAAUUUAUAUCAGAUGAAGUAUAUUCAUUUCAUAUAAAAUUAUUUUCUAUAAUUAUUUAA